AAUCACUAAGCAACAUACAAAUAAAUAAAUCAAUAAAUUCGUUUCGUUUCUUCCUUCAUUUCCCCAAUUUGCCUUUUAUUGCAACCAGUCACUGAAGUUUUGUUUAGUCUUUAUAGUCUUGCGCUCAGCUGUGGUCCGAAUUAAUAAAACAUCUCAUCCAGUUUAAUUCAUUUCCCGUUUCGUGACCAAAAUGCAAGGAUCAGUAACUGCUUAUGAAAAGCCCGUGCCCCAUACGGGGUUGGCCGAUUGGUACGCCAAGCAAUGGGCGAAUCAGCAGACGAACGAUACACGCCGCAGUGAUGCCUUCAAUUUGCGCCAUGAAGCGCGCCAAUUGCGCAAUGAAACGUCGAUUAAGACAAAUUGGGACACGUACCACAAUAACGUCCGGCUGGCGGAUCGCAUCACCGAAUUGGAUCGUUGGCGCGAUACUUUAACUGCCUGCUUAAAUCGUCUCAACCACGAAAUACAAAGCCUAAGGGAUGAGAAGUAUUCCACCGAGCAGGAACUGGACUCGUUGGGGAUUCCGCUUGGAAUUGUUUCGGAAUGUCUGCAGAUGCGAGAUGGACGUCAAGGGUUUGAAUUGACUUAUGAUGAUGGAGAUACCGAAUUAAAAACUGAAUUGUGCGUGUUGGAAGGUGUUCGUAAGUUGUUGGUAGAGCGAUGUCAAGCCGCUUGGGAGAAAAUCAAUCGUUUAGAAGAAGUUAAAUUUAAAGUCACCCUUGAUCUAAACGAUAAAUGUGACACGAUCGAGAUUGAUAAGGAUCAACUAACUUUGGAUAAACACUGUGCAAAUAUCAGUUACAAAACUGAUCCACUUAAAAUUGCCAAGAACGCGAUUCCAUAUGAAACUUGGCUUCAAAAUUCAAAAUACACUAAAUUACUCGCUGAUAAUGAAUUGGCAGAUACUGAUAAACUACGUGAAGCUCUUUUUGUGAUGCGGGAACGUGCCCGAAAUGAUAUGCGUGCUCAAAGAGAUCGCGUUGAUUUUACUCUUCGCAAACGCAUCUACGAAACACAAAAAUCACGCAAUGAACUGGAAUGGCAAUUGGUAAAAAUGCGCGAAGAAAUGGAAAAAGUACAAAGAGAGAUUAAGUCCCUAGAAGAAUCUCUAGAAGACAAAACUGAUGCAUUGAAACUUUGCCAAACGCGUUUAGAAAAUCGCACUUUCAGACCUGGUGCAGAAUUAGCCAUUGACGAAGCAGAACUGUGUCUUAAAGAAGAAGUGCGACAGUUGCGUCAAACUCAAAAAGAUCUUAGGGACAAGAUAUACUGCGCAAAGACAACGUACAACGCUUUGGAAGAUCAGCAGGUCGUCAUCGAUAUCGAUCUGCAGAACAAAUGCCAAAGCAUGAUGACGGACAUUCGUUGUUUGGACUUGCGCGCUCGCUUGAAAACUGACUCAUCUGGUACAAGAUCCACAGAGACCGACAGGAAUAUUGUUCUCACGAAGAUGGAGAAAGAAAUCCCUCCAACCUAAAUUAUGCGAGACGUGUCACCACUUAACACACAGAUGCUUAUAAACAAACUAUUCACAGAUUUCUAAAAUAAAUAUACACCUUUUUUUGCACCAUGUUGCAAACACUCAUUCAAA